AUGCUGGGCAAACUCGGCCUCGACGAUGCAUCAACUAUUCUGGCUUUGAUAUUCCUUGUGAUCCAAUGUGGUGCUUCCAUUGCCGCAGUGAACCAUGGAUAUGGCCGGCCCUUCGAGCUCCUCAGCAGAAGCCAAGCUGCGCAAGCCCUGAAGUGUUUCUUUCUCCUCCAAAUACUCUACAAGCUUACCAUGAACUGCACCAAGCUGUCGAUGCUCUUCCUAUAUCUCCGCAUUUUCACCGAUCGCCCUUGGUUUAUUCGAACUUGUUGGAGCUUGAUCACCUUUGUGCUUUGUGCUUGCAUUAGUUUCACUCUCGCAACAAUUCUUCAGUGCAAUCCAAUACCACGAGCAUGGGAGCGCUGGAGGAUCGACGGUAGUUGUGUCGACAUCUAUGCCUUGUGGUAUAGCAACGCCGUGUACAACAUUUUGACAGAUUUCCUCCUUGUUUUAAUGGUGCCGCCCGUGAUAUUCAAACUCAAGUUGCCCAUGCGGCAGAAAUUGGCUCUGACCUGUAUAUUCGGGUUGGGCGUGAUUGUCUGCGCCGCAUCGAUCUCAAGGUUGACAACGCUGUACUCUUCGGCCUACGGCGAUGACAUCACGGCUGGUUCUCUUGUAUCAACAAUUUGGACGACGAUCGAGGCCGGCCUUGGUGUUAUUUGUGCCAAUCUUCCCAUGGUACAAACCGCAUCUCCAGCACGGGUCCAUCUCAACGAAGUGGCCCGGUCAAUAGCGAAACACUAG